CCCUUUCCCGUUCUCCUGUUGUCUUUUUCUCCAAGCAAAGAUUAUUGCUUCCUCUCGUAGUUCUCACUUUUCGUUGUUCGAGUAAACUGCAGACAACUCAUUCUCUCUCCCGUCCCAGCUUCCUCGUUCUGAACUAGACGAGCCUUAGUCAUCUUCUUCGAUCAUGGCGGUGGUGAGCUCGGCGAGCGGCCUACUAGCCAUGCUGAACGAGGAGCAUCCAGUCCUCAAGCUGCAUGCGCUCCAGAAACUCAACUCCCUUGUUAAUCUUUUCUGGCCAGAGAUCUCCACAAGCGUCCCCACAAUAGAAAGCUUAUAUGAGGACGAGGGCUUUGAUCAGAGGCAGCUUGCUGCGCUUGUUGUUUCAAAGGUAUUUUACUACCUUGGAGAGCUUAAUGACUCUUUGUCGUAUGCGCUUGGUGCUGGUGCUAUGUUUGAUGUUUCCGAAGAUUCUGACUAUGCUCAUACCCUCCUCGCCAAAGCCAUUGAUGAAUAUGCUAGCUUGAAGUCAAAAAGUGACAAAAUGGGUGAAGAAGGGACAAAAAUUGAUCCUAGAUUGGAAGCUAUAGUGGAGAGAAUGCUGGACAAGUGUAUCUUGGAUGGAAAAUAUCAACAAGCCAUGGGUAUGGCUGUUGAGUGUAGGAGGCUGGACAAGUUAGAAGAGGCAAUUACUCGAAGUGACAAUGUCCAUGGCGCUGUUUCAUACUGCAUAAAUCUUUCACAUGCGUAUGUUUAUCACAGAGAAUAUCGAUGCGAGAUUCUUCGCCUCCUUGUUAAAAUAUAUCAAGGACUGCCAUCUCCGGAUUACGUAAACAUUUGCCAAUGCCUUAUGUUUCUGAAUGAACCUGAGACUGUUGCAAGGAUAGUGGAGAGACUUCUACGGUCUGAUAGCAAGGAUGAUGCUCUUCUAGCAUUUCAGAUUGCUUUUGAUCUUGUUGAGAAUGAACAUCAAGCUUUCCUACUAGAUGUUAGAAAUCACCUAUACUUGAAACCUGAAGCAGCAAGCCUUCCAGACGAUGGAUCUGUUGGUAUGAAAUCUGAAAAUGGAAAUGCUGAUGAAGCUGAUAAUGCUGUUAGUGGAGCACAAGAUGUUCUCAUGGCGGAGAGUUCUCAUGCACCCAAUGGUAAUUUAGAUCCUACGGAAGUUGCAUACAAUGGAAAACUUACCAAAAUAAAGGGAAUUUUUUCUGGGGAAACAUCAAUACAGCUGACAUUACAAUUUUUAUAUAGCCACAACAGGUCAGAUCUUUUGAUUUUGAAAUCUAUAAAGCAGUCGGUGGAAAUGAGAAAUAGUGUGUGUCACAGUGCUACCAUCUGUGCAAAUGCUCUUAUGCAUGCAGGAACAACAGUGGACACCUUCCUGAGAGAGAAUUUGGAUUGGUUGAGCCGAGCAACCAAUUGGGCUAAAUUUAGUGCUACUGCUGGCCUUGGGGUUAUCCACAGAGGGCACCUCAAGCAAGGUCGAGCUCUUAUGGCACCUUAUCUGCCUCAGACUGGUGCUGCUGGCGGCGGCAGUCCUUAUUCAGAAGGUGGGGCCCUUUAUGCCUUGGGUCUUAUUCAUGCUAAUCAUGGUGAAGGAAUCAAACAGUUCCUUAGGGAUAGCCUACAAAACACUGGCUCAGAGGUUAUUCAGCACGGGGCUUGCUUAGGUCUUGGAUUGGCUGCUUUGGGAACAGCUGAUGAGGAAAUAUAUGAGGAGGUAAAAAAUAUCCUUUUUAAUGAUAGUGCAGUAGCGGGUGAAGCUGCUGGUAUCAGCAUGGGCUUGCUUAUGGUUGGAACAGCAAGUGAUAAGGCCAGUGAAAUGCUUGCAUAUGCACACGAAACACAACAUGAGAAGAUCAUCAGAGGCCUGUCUCUUGGCAUAGCAUUAACUGUAUAUGGUAGAGAAGAAGAAGCUGAUACUUUGAUCGAACAGCUCACUAGGGAUCAAGAUCCAAUACUUCGCUAUGGUGGCAUGUAUGCGUUGGCCAUGGCUUACAGAGGAACAGCUAAUAACAAGGCGAUACAUCAGCUCCUCCAUUUUGCUGUCUCCGAUGUUAGUGAUGAUGUUAGAAGGACAGCCGUUCUUGCCCUUGGAUUUGUUUUGUACUCUGAACCUGAACAAACACCAAGAAUUGUUUCUCUACUUUCGGAGUCAUACAACCCGCAUGUUAGAUAUGGUGCAGCUCUAGCCAUAGGCAUCUCUUGUGCUGGAACUGGUCUAAGUGAAGCCAUUUCUUUGCUGGAGCCAUUGACAUCAGAUGUUGUUGAUUUUGUUCGUCAAGGGGCUCUAAUAGCUAUGGCAAUGGUUAUGAUACAGACAAAUGAAUCUUGUGACCAUCGUGUGGGAACAUUUAGGCGUCAGUUGGAAAAAAUAAUUCAGGAUAAGCAUGAAGAUACAAUGAGCAAGAUGGGUGCCAUUUUAGCUUCUGGAAUUCUGGAUGCUGGUGGAAGGAAUGUUACAAUUAGUUUGCUUUCUAAAACUAGGUAUAAUAAAAUAACAGCUGUUGUUGGACUGGCAGUAUUUAGCCAAUUUUGGUACUGGUAUCCCCUCCUGUACUUCAUUAGCUUGUCCUUCUCACCAACUGCAUUUAUUGGUCUAAAUCAUGAUCUCAAAGUUCCAAGAUUUGAAUUUGUAUCAAAUGCCAAGCCUUCUUUGUUUGAGUAUCCUCGACCAACUACACCACCUUCAUCAACAUCAACAGUUAAGCUACCCACCGCUGUUUUAUCAACAUCUGCUAAAGCAAAAGCUAGAGCGAAGAAAGAGGCAGAGCUAAAGGGCAGUGCUGACAAGCCCUCCUCUGAAAGUGUUUCUGCUAGCUCAAGUUCAGGGAAAGGUCCCAAAGCUACCGAGAAAGAUUCCGAGUCAGUGCAGGGUGGAAAUGCUAUAGAAAAGAAGAUAGAGUCUGAGCAAUCUUUUGAAUUAUUGACAAAUCCAGCAAGGGUUCUACCCGCGCAAGAAAAACAUAUCAGAUUCCUGGAGGGAAGCAGAUAUGUACCAGUGAAACUAGCACCUUCUGGUUUUGUUCUAUUGAGGGAUCUUCAACCAGCAGAAGCUGAGAUUAUUGUUCUUACUGAUGCACCCUCUGCAAAUGCAACCUCUGCAAAUCCUCAGCAGAAUUCAGCUUCUUCUGCAAUGGCUGUAGAUGAGGAGCCUCAACCCCCACAACCAUUUGAAUUCUCAGCUUAGAGAAAUUGUGUUCGGUAAACAAUUUAUAUGCUUAUAAGUUUGUUUUCUCAAGCUGAGAAAUAGUUGGACUGAUUGAAAUGAGUGUUUUCCCUUGCAUCAGGCGAACUUGUUCUCUAGCAGAUCAGUGUAAGUCUAUAGGUGCCAUUGUGCCUGGUAGAAUUCUUUGUUGAUUUCUAGAAUAAGCUUGAUAAAAAACAGCUUUGUUUGGGGUUGGAGCCUUCAUAAAUCAUUUAUAUGCAUGUUUUUGUAUGCUUCAUACUGACAACUGGAAUCUGCACUUCACAUAAACAUGCUACCUUUCUAGAUUUGUGAUGGUUUGAUUUUAUUUUACAUAUAAUAUUAGUUUAAAAGUGCUUUAUAA